GGGGAGAAGUACGAAUACCUACUUUGUAGGUAGCUAGUCCUGGAAGAGAGACGAGAUGUUGAGGAAUCGGUACUAUGUUCGCUCUAAUAUUCAGACUCUAGCAUCAGGUCACGGUAACUUGGUAGCCCACUACGGUGGUGCCUAUCACAAAAUCACAGCGACAGCAAAGUACGGGCUCGCGGAGUACCGUUACGGAUAGGAAGCUCGUGUUGCACGAGAAGCUUGCUCCGUAUUACGGCAUUCCCCUAUUCUAGGUACCUACAAUUCCCCUAUUCCUCAUAUUCCCCUACGUCCCAAUAAAGACACAGUCGAGCUUCAUCCUUCACUUCAAUUCACUCCUCCGGCACACUGCACACAAGAAGCAAAAAGCAAAAGCCAAUACAGACAGCCCACAAUGGCCAGCAACAGCGACUCUUCCCUCCUCACCCUCCCAGACGGCCGCUCCCUGGAAUACCGCCUCUCCGCCCCCCCCUCCGGUCCCGUAAUCCUCCUCCCCAACUUCCUCGGCGCCCCCUUCCAGGCCUGGGACCCCUUCCUCCCGUCCCUCCACGCCCGCAACUUCCGCACCCUGAACUUCAACCAACCAGGCCACGGCGCCUCCACCACCCCCGCCGACCUGACCUCCACCACCUUCCCCUCCAUCGCCGACGACGUCUCCCACCUCCUCUCCCACCUCGGCAUCGAGACCCUGUACGCCUGGAUCGGCCUCUCCAUGGGCGCCGCCCUCUCCUUCUUCUUCGUGACCCGCCACCCGGACCGCGUGGGGAAGCUCAUCGCCUGCGACACCCUCUCCUCGUCCCCCCGCAACGCCGGCACGGACGACAUCUUCGCCAACCGUGUCAAGGCCGCCCGCGACGCCGGCUCCCUCAGCGCCACCGUCGAAUCCACCCUGCAGCGCUGGUUCGGCGACGCCUGGAUCGCCGCCCACCCGGACGAGACCGCCCGCCUGCGUGCCCUCAUGGCCACCACUACGCUCGACGGCUUCGAGACGUGCUGUAACGCCCUGCGGAGCGACACGUUCGACGUCCGGCCUCUGUUCCGCAAGGUCGGGGCUUCGGUCGAGGAGGCGCUGCUGGUGGUUGGCGAGAAUGACGGCGAUUUGCCCCAGAGUAUGGCUACCAUGAGGGAUGAAGUCCAGGAAGGAUUCAAAGAGGCUGGGAAGGACAGGGAAGUUGAGCUGAAGCUCAUCCGGAAUGCCGGCCACGUCUCUUUCAUUGAUGGGUUUGAACAGUUCUCAAACCAUGUGCUUGCUUUCUUGUAGAUGAAAACAGCAUUCGUGAUUUGGUCGGGUCCGUGAAUGGUAUGUAUGGUAUGUAUGGCACGGCCAAUAAUUCUGCCUCGCAAUGUCAAGACUACUCCCGCUCAUUCCCUAGUCCUGUAUCUGGACCACAAGUUAAUUCGCCUGGUUCUGGUCCUAUUCCUAUCAAGGUCCCUGCCCCUGUCCCUGUCCCUGUCCCUGUCCCUGUUCCUGUUCCUGUUCCUAUACCCGUCUUGAAUUCCUCCCUACUGCCCAUCAUGUCCGUCGUGAAAAUUGGGCAAU